AUGUGGAAUUAUUUCAAAUCGCAAAACCAGCUCGAAAAAUUGACGUUCACGGUGCGUCAGAUCGACAGUCUAGAUUACGUACCCAGUCAUUUGUUGCGCAAUCUGAAGAAUUUGCGCAUAAUCGUAUUCCAGCAUGGAAAGUUCCACAAGCUUGCCAGUUACACUUUUAGCAAUCUCAACAGUAUUAUCGAGAUCAAUCUCAGCGGCAACAUGAUUGUCGAACUGAGCAAUUAUACCUUUGAGAAUAUGCAAAAUCUCACUUUCAUAAAUCUCGACUAUAAUCGCAUCUUCGAGAUUAUUAGAGACACGUUUGUAAACUUGCCGAACUUGCGCAAGUUGAAUCUGAAUCACAACAACAUUAGCAUUGUUCAUGACAAGGCGUUUAAGCUCCUAGGCUCGCUGCAGGAACUUGAACUGAGCAACAACCAGAUCAGUAUUAUCACGCGCGACAUGUUUUACGGUCUGCGCAAUCUACAUCGUCUCAAUCUACGCGGCAAUAGGAUUAGCUUGAUCGGCGAACGUAGCUUCGUCGAGAUGUCGGAACUAGCCGAACUCGAACUCGAUCAAAAUCAGAUCAUGUACAUAUCCGAAAGAGCAUUUGACAGCAUGCGCAAUCUCCAGAGGUUGCAACUUAAUGAUAAUCAACUAACGUCGUUGCUGCCAAAUUUCUUGGCUGGUGCACCUGGUAUUAACUUUUUGGAUCUGAGAGAUAACUUACUAAAGACUGUGACCUUUGACAACGUGAAACCAAUUAUGACCAAUCUCUACGAAAUUAAUGGCCAUUUAUACUUAAGUGAAAACAAUCUGAUCUGCGACUGUAAACUCACAUGGAUCUGGGGCUUGCGGAACGAGACGAAGAACACGAAACUGAGGGAUGCCCUGGAGGAGCUGACUUGCUUCCUUGAAAGCAAUAAUGCAACGCAGAAGAUCAACAGAGAAGACCUAGGGAGAAAUCAGCCGCCAGAGAUUUCCGACGAAUACGGCGACAAUAAUUCGAGAGAUUAUGAUAACGAGGACGACACUGAGGCUGAGAGCGGUAGUUAUUUCGAUGAACCUGACGAUGAAAAUUCAUCGAAUUUUCGUACCAAGAAUAAUCGUGAGGAUAAGAAGUGCUGUAUAAAACAUCUAUUCGAAUUGAAGGUAGAAGAGCUGCCAUGCCCGCAGCUUUCGCGCGAGGAUUUGAUGGCCUCCGAACAGCCAUCCAGCCGCCAUGAAAACGCCCGCGUAGGCUCCAGCUGGUUCAGCUCUGGUUCGAUCUCGGUUCAGGCUGGUCAGUCCGUCCUCGUUGCCUCAUUGCUAUUGCUAGCUAUACUUUUUUUCACGUAG